CGACAUAAUAUGAAAAAUGACAAUUGACAUUUAUAGUUCAGUUUGAUUCUCAACAAUUCUCAAUUCCUACAAGAAAGAGAGUACUUUAAAAUCUUGGUUAAUUCAAUUAAUAUGAUACUGAAUAUUUGUUGCAAAUAAUCAUAAUUCCUGUGCCGUGUUUGCUGAAGUAAUUUUUUUUAUUGAACGAACAUUGAUCAGCUUUGCCGAAAAACAAGUUAAAAGAUUCCAGGUUAUACAUAAAAAUCAUGACGUCGCAAGUAAUUCCUACUCCCCCAUCAGUAUCAUGGGCCCAAAGAAGUGCUCGCGUAUUUUUAACUUUUAACGUAGAAUGUAAAAAACCCGACAUUAAAAUUGAGAAACAAACAAUAUCCUUUAGAGGAAUAUGUGAACCAGAAAAAAAAUUACAUGAAGUAGUCAUACCAUUGUAUGCUGAAGUGGAUCCAGAAAAAAGCAAAUAUAUUAAUAAAGGAAGGCUAGUUGAAGUCGUUUUAAGUAAAGAAAAUUCCGACCAACCCUUGUGGCCUUCUUUAACAAAUGACAAGAUGAAACACCACUGGCUCAAAGUAGACUUCAACCGCUGGCAAGAUGAUGAUGAUGAAGAGGAUGAUAUUGAAAAGUUUGAUGACAUUUUCUCAGGUGAUUAUGACAGAAUGCCUGUUGAAAAAGAUGAGUCCAGCUCUGCCGAGGAGGAAGAUCUUCCUGAUAUUGAAUAAAAAGAGCAACACACACACACACACCGGCAAAUAACCAAAAAUCUUAUCUGCUAGUUUAAAUAAAUUGUAUCUGUGGACAAUAUAUUUUGUGCUUUUAUACAAAGAAUGUGGGACUGAUAGCUUUUAAUGAAUAUAAGUUUAGGUUUGUUACAUUAUAAAAAAUUGUGUAUUUAAAUCAGAAGUGUGCAUUGGGAAUGUUUAUAAUUAUUUUCCCCUUCCCAGUACCAGGCAAAUCACAAUAUAUUUUAUUUUUGCCAUGUAUGUGUUAAGCAUGAACCUUAAAAAUAAAUCUUGUUCUAAGAUCUGAUAAAGUGAUGCGUUUUUAAUUAGUGGAAUUAUGCAGCUUCUUUUGUAUCAUUUCAAAUAGUAGUCAAGUUUCAGCAUACCUAACAUCAUAUCUAUAUUAAUAUUUGACAUAGCACUAUAAAUUAGAAGUCUUCAUUGUGUAUUUUGUAAACAAAAUAGCUACAAAGAAAACAUGAGAAGUUUUAAAGUUACAAUUUAAUUUACCAAUGUAGUGCAAUAUAUUUAAUGUGAUAAUUAAAAAGGUGAUUAAUCA